AUUUUCUCUAAAUCCCUCUUCUGUUUGCUAAAUCUCACUGUCACUGCUAAAAUCAGAGCAGAUAGAGCCUGCGCAAUGGAAUAAAGUCCUCAAUAUUGAAAUGUGACAUUGCUCUCAACAUCUCACAUCUCUCUGGAUUUCUUUUUUCUCAUCAUUACUGCUAACAAAUUCAUUUCCAGACUUUGCACUUUCAAGAAGCAAUGGAAAAAAUCAACAGUCUUUCAACACAAUUAGUUAAGUGCUGCUUGUGUGAUUUCUUGAAGCUUUCUGAGGCAGUGUGCUAAACAGCUUUCUGCUUUACCUCCUCAGAACUGGGAACCAUCUUAAACUGCAGGUGAAGAUGCACACUGUGUCCUACAUCCAUUUCUUCUACCUUGGCCUGUGUUUGCUUACCUUAACCAGUUCUGUUGCUGCUGGCCCAGAGACACUCUGUGGUGCUGAGCUGGUUGAUGCUCUUCAGUUCGUGUGUGGAGACAGAGGCUUUUACUUCAGCAAGCCCACGGGGUAUGGAUCCAGCAGUAGACGCUUACACCACAAGGGAAUAGUGGAUGAAUGCUGCUUCCAGAGCUGCGACCUGAGGAGGCUGGAGAUGUAUUGUGCUCCGAUAAAACCGCCCAAAUCCGCGCGCUCCGUACGCGCCCAGCGCCACACCGACAUGCCAAAAGCGCAAAAGGAAGUGCAUUUGAAGAACACAAGUAGAGGGAACACAGGAAACAGAAACUACAGAAUGUAAGAACAUGCCAUCCACAAGAAUGAAGAAUGAAUGUGCCAUCUGCAGGAUACUUUGCUGUAAAUAAAUUAUUCGUUAAACAUU